AUGUUUGAGUAUAUGAAUAUUCUGAAUACAACUACUGGACUGGAUAAACAACUCGAAGUAGCUAUGGGAACGCCGGAGAUUGUGGCAGGAUGGACAGAGGAGGAAGUGGUAGUUGCAGACAUUCUAAAAAAAGAUUUUGCAAAAUCUGCCAUUGACCUGCCUCGUGCCCAGCGAGAGAAGUUUGUUGCUCUUUCGCAGGAAAUUAGUGAAAUUGGUCCUGACUUCGUUGAUUAUAUGACACCCGCGAAAUCCUACUUAACCUUUGAGAGUAGUAAGCUGAAAGGCAUGGAUCCAGUUCUUGUGAGGGAACAUACGACAUGGGGACAGACUAAAAUACCAACCAUUGGAGGUGCUGCAGCAGCAGCUAUUAGAACAGUCCAAAAUGAAGAAGUUAGAAGAGAGAUCUUUAUGGCCACCCGCACCGCCUCAAGAAAUACAGUCCAUAAACUGGAGGAGCUGAUGCGCAAAAGGGCGGAGCUGGCCAAACUCUCAAGGUACGAAAGUUACUCCCAACUAGCCUUAGGAGACAAAAUGGCCAAAAGCCCAGCAUCCGUGACACAGUUCUUGGAGGCAUUAGCAAAGGAUAACAAUAAGAUUGUUCAAGGAGAAGUUUCCGAGCUCCUCAAAUUUAAAUUCUCGAAUCCUAAUGCGUCGUCCCCCGGCUUACAGCCAUGGGAUAAAGAUUAUUACAUGUCGCGAAUUUUGGCUUCUGUUCGUUCGCACUCUCGCAAUUCGGAUUUCCUUUCAGCAUACUUCUCACUUGGUACAGUCAUGCAAGGACUCUCUAGGCUAUUCACACGUCUCUAUGGGGUUAGACUUGCUCCUCAUGAGACAAUGCCAGGAGAAACAUGGAACUCAGAUGUUCGAAGGUUAGAUGUAAUCUCUGAAACAGAUGGCCAUGUUGCUGUACUCUAUUGCGAUCUAUUUUCUCGUCCCGGAAAGUCUCCAAAUCCUGCUCAUUUCACGCUUCGCUGUUCUCGAGAGAUUACAACGGCAGAACUCGAAGAAGCCUCGAUGUUAUCUCAAAAUGGUCUUUUCAAGACUGAUGAAGAAGCUGCCAACGAUGGUAUGGCUACUUCAAAAUCCUCAGGAGUUCUAAAGCAAUUGCCAACCAUUGCUCUAAUAUGUGAUUUCGUCACAAUGUCUGGAAAGUCUUCCCGCCCUGCACUCCUCAGUUUCAAUGAAGUGCAAACACUUUUCCAUGAAAUGGGACAUGCUAUUCAUUCAAUUCUCGGGCGGACAUCGCUUCAGAAUGUUUCCGGUACUCGUUGUGCUACAGACUUCGCAGAAUUGCCUUCAGUACUUAUGGAACACUUCGCUGCAGAUCCGUCUGUACUCUCUUUAUUUGCACGCCAUUAUGAGACUGAUCAACAGUUACCAUAUGAGAUGGUGGCCGAGAAACUAGCACUAGACAAACGUUUCGAAGGGUCUGAUACAGAAAAUCAGAUAAUCCUUUCCAUGCUUGACUUAGCUUAUCAUUCUGACCUUCCCCUAUCUCCGACUUUCAACUCUACAGAAAUAUACCAUUCUCUACAGCAAAAACAUGGUGCCCUGCCAGUUGAUCCUCCCGGAACGUGUUGGCAAGGAUUCUUCGGGCACUUAUUUGGAUACGGUAGUACUUACUAUAGUUACCUUUUCGACCGAGUUCUAGCGAGGAGGAUUUGGCAAGUGGUAUUCCAAGGUGGGGAAGCCGGUGGUAGCGUUCACAGAGGCAAUGGUGAGAAGAUGAAAGAAGAAGUUCUGAAAUGGGGUGGUGGUAGAGAUCCAUGGAAAUGUUUGGCCGGCGUCCUUGAUGAUGGGCGGGUGGAAAAUGGUGACGAAAAGGCAAUGGCUAUCGUGGGUAGCUGGGGAGUGAAGGAGUAG